AUGAAAGGUCUUUUUCUAUUAGUUGUUACUGUCUUCUCACUUGUCAUUUUUGGACAAUCAAGAAAUUGGUUUGAAGAAAAGAAUGUAGUUUUACAACAACCAAAUCAAUUAAAUCAUGGUUUUGAUUUUGUAUUAAAGUUAGAUGACACUCCUCAACAUAUAGGAUUCGAAUUUAUGGAUAUGAUACCAGAACCAAAUUUUUCUAAUGAAGAAAUAUUAAAACAAAAAAAAAAUAAAAGUCAAAAGAAAGUUGAUAAAGCAUCAUUACAAAUAACAAAAAAUCUUUAUGAAGAAAGUGCUGAAUACGAAAGUGGAGAUACUAAUGCUGAAAUUAAGGAAUUUUUGAGUAAUACUGAUGGUCUUUAUACUCUUCAUGAUAAUUAUGAGACACGUGAAUAUGCUCGAAAUCAUCGUGGACCAUGUUAUCGUAAAAAUAUGGAAAAAGCAGGUGAAAAAACUAAACCAAGAUCAUGGGAAAUUGAAGGAUUUGAAAAACAAAUACCAAAGACUUUUGAUUGGCGUAAUGUAAAUGGAACAAAUUAUUGCUCACCAAAUCGUAAUCAACAUAUACCAGUUUAUUGUGGAAGUUGCUGGGUCUUUGGAACAACUGGUGCAUUAAAUGAUAGAUUUAAUAUUGCAAGAAAAAAUAGAUGGCCAAUGACUAUGUUAUCACCACAAGAAAUUAUUAAUUGUAAUGGAAAAGGAAGUUGUCAAGGUGGUGAAGUUUUUGAUGUUUUAGAGCAUGCUAAAAAUAAAGGUUUAGUUGAAGAGGGUUGCUCAAAUUACAAAGCUGUUAAUGAUAAAUGUGAUCCAUAUAAUCGUUGUGGUACCUGUUGGCCAGACAAAUGUGAACCUGUUACUAAUUAUACAAAAUAUUUUAUUGGUGAUUAUGGAAGAGUUAGUGGAAGAUUAAAUAUGAUGUCAGAAAUUUUAUCAAAAGGACCAAUUGCAUGUAGCAUGUCAUGUACACCAAAAUUCGAUUUUGGAUAUAAAAAUGGAAUUUAUGCAGAAAGAGUCAAUACAACUGAACCAAAUCAUAUUGUUUCUGUCUCAGGAUGGGGUAUAGAUGAAGAAACAAAUGUUGAAUAUUGGAUUGUAAGAAAUAGUUGGGGUGAAGCUUGGGGAGAACGUGGAUGGUUUAGAAUUGUCACUUCACAAUACACAAAUGGAACUGUAACAGGAAAUGAUUUAAAUUUGGGAAUUGAAAAAGAUUGUUAUUAUGCUGAUCCUAUAAUAACUAAUCUUGAUUAA